AUGUUUAUGGCCAUACCUCCCGAAAUCGUUCACAUCCUCACCCCCGAGCUUUCUGACGCUGAUGAACCAUUGACGCCGACGACUCCCGACUAUGCACCUCUUGUCUCCUUUUCCAAGCGGCUUGGGGACCUUGAAGCUGUCCCCACAGCCGUGGACUAUGUCGGUCGGGCCACACUGGAUGCCGAUCUGCCCAUUGCUGCGUUUGAUUCGCUCCAUGAAUUAGAGCGAAGGCUGGCUGGAAUAUCGCACCAGAUUGCGGAGCUGCGGUCAAUCUGUGAUCAAACCGAGGAGGAACGCAAGACCAGCUAUCCAGAGUGCACAAACAUCGAACAUCUCCUCAACUCGCUCGUCACGGAAGACAUGCCCUGGCUCCCAAGCUGGCUCCCCCUUUGGGUUCGACACCUGCUCGAAAUUUUCUCUGGCCAGAUCCAAUUCCUUGUCGAAAACGGAUUGAGGAUCUACGGCUAUCUCUAUGCGGGCAUUUCGCUCGUCUCACUCGUUUUGAAUCUUUUUAUUAGCUUGUUUAUGCUCAUCACUCGCUUUGUUCGUUCUUAUUGGUUUGUUUUUGUCGGUGCUGCGAUGGCGGGGGUAGGGUAUCUUAUGAUCGUACCGCCUGAGGAAGUUCAAGUUGAACUCUGA